CAUCUGCUCAUAAUGUUUGAAUUUAAUGUUUUAUUUGUUUUUUUCGUGUACUUGUAUUUGAUCAUAGUGUUUGAAUGCGAUUCCGUACUUCCUAAACAUCAAUGUCAUUUACGACUCAAAAAUGGCCAGGCGARAUUACUAUUAGUACACGGUGUAACUGUGGCCAAAAUAAYCUGUUUUCAGCCGUAUGUUCUGGUAAAUGGCAACGAGACGAUGACCUGUGUCGGAGGAAAAUGGGAUAGUGAAUUUCCGAUAUGUGGUAAGUAUGAUCCAAUACAUUUACCUUGUAACUUUGAAUCACCAGAACAAAGAUUUUGUGGAUGGAGAAAUUACAUGUAUAACGAAAUUGAGUGGUUAGCUGAUAAAAUUCCAGUUUUGCCAAAUAGUAAWAGAAGUCAUGUAACACCAGGUUCUUCUCAAUAUUUUUCAAAUUAUUAUAUAUCCUUGGACAUGAGAGAUUAUGGUUCCACUACUACUGGACAAUUGUUAUCUCCAUCACUUCUUCCAGUUGCAACUAAACAAAGGUGUUUAAAGUUUUCGUACAAAGUAAUGUCAGGYGAUUCACACAGUCGUCCUACAUUGAAAGUAAUUCUUGGUGGCAUACCUCACUGGGAAACUCACGAAGGGGAAGGGAGAGUUAUAAUUGGAUUAUAUCGAUUUAACGUGUCUAAUAAAAUCGUAAUUGAAGKGAGUAGUUGUAAAGCAGCUAUUGAUAAUUUGAUAAUUACAGAGGAUAAUAGUUGUACUCAACGACCUUAUGAUGAAGAAAUCGACAGUUGUCAUGAUAAUUGUGGAAAAAUAUCAGAUGGUGUUGGUUGUUCGUGUGAUUGGUCAUGUCAUAAAAAUAAUAACUGCUGCUCAGAUAUAAAAACCAAAUGUCCGUAUAUAAAACCAAUAGACGAUAUCGCCAGAUUAUAUUUAACUUCUAGUUCUACUGCCAAACCGAUUAAGGUGUUAACUACAGUAAAAAAUAAUAACAUGUAUAAUUUCUCUUGUACUUUUGAAUCGGAUGUUGAAACAUUUUGUGGUUGGAAAAAUGAUAUUAUUAACAACGCUAAUUGGUUGGUUGAUCAAGUUUCAUCCAUUUUCUCUAAGUAUCACGUAAUGCCUGGAUCUUUUAACYAUUUUUCAAGUAAUUAUAUAUCUUUGGAUGCUGGAAAUGGAAAUAAUGGGUCAAUUAUCACCGGUCGAUUAAUAUCUCCAUCAAUUUCCCCAGCUAGAAGUAAUCAAAGAUGUUUGAUAUUUGCAUAUAAAGUAAUGUCAGGAUAUUCAAAYGAUAUUCCUAUUCUAAAAGUCACUUUCGGUGGCAUACCUCACUGGGAAACUCACGAGGGAGAAGGAAGAGCGAUAAUUGGCUUAUAUCGAUUUAAUAUUUCUUCUAGAAUCGUAAUUGAAGGGAAAAGUUGUAAAGCAGCCAUUGAUAAUAUAAUUAUUACAGAGGGUAAUAGUUGUAAUAAACAACCGUACGUAGAAGAAAUCGACAGUUGUCAUGACAACUGUGGAAAAAUAUCAAAUGGUGUAGGUUGUUCUUGUGAUUGGUACUGUUAUAAUAAUAAUAACUGCUGCCCAGAUAUACAAAUCAAAUGUCCGUAUAUAGUUUCAAUGGAUAAUAUCACUAGAUUAUACUUAACUACUGCAACUACUGUCACAAAAACCACGGUKACGACUACAGCAAAAAAUACAUUUUUAAAUGUAACUGGAAAGAAUAUAACGUCUUCUAGUYCCGUAAUAACAACUCCCAAAAACGGACAAAAUKAUACGAUUAUAGUUGAGAAUAUCACCACAGCAAGUACUGAUAAACCUUCGAACAUCACAUCUACAUUUGCAUCCGCAUCUAUGACGAAUUUAAUAACGAAACCCAUGGCUGUAUCAAUCCCAUUGACAACAACGUCYACUGAAGUUCCAAAAAGUACUUUAUUUGUGAAUUCYACGACUUCUCGUUCCAUCAACCCCCAUGUAAUAAUCACGAGUCCUAAUGUCUCAUCGAUUAUUCCAAAAAUAGUGAUGGACAUUCAAAAUAAUAAUUCAAAAAUAAUCAGUACACCUUUAAUGACGAUAAUCCCUAAUAUCUCUAGCUCAACAAUCGAACCUGUUACAAUAAACAAAACUUUGGCUACCAAAAAGUUAAAUAUUACACUUGCGCCUACUGUGAUCACUAAAUCUUUGAUGGUAAAUACCACUGUUUCUAUGACUACGRCAUUUCCUAAUAUUUCUAGCUUAUAUUCCAGACUAGAUAAACUGAAUCCUUCUAUGAAGGUUGUUAUUAUUCCUACUACAAUUACUAAAUCUGUAGUGGAGAAUACUCCUUUAGUGACUUCAACGUUAGUUCAUUCGUCUAACUCAACCGUUAAAUCACUUGACGUGAAUUCAACACUGUCUACCGGAAAACAAUUCAAUUCAUCUAGUACAACGGCUAAAAGUAUAACUGUCAAUUCCACAUCCACUACAGCAUUAAUUAAUAACUCUAAUAAAUUACCAAUUAAACCAAUAAGUAUACUKGCAAACAGUGGUGAACAGUUGAGUAAUAAAUCACUUAAUACUCAACAAACCAAACAGAAUACGAUAAUUAACGAAAAUAAAACAACGAUAAAUAAUUUAACGACUCUUAUACCGAGUACUGUCAAAUAUUUAAACGGCUCCAUUGUUYCUGUAAAAAAAAUGGUCGUUUUCGACAUCUCUGAUUCAAAUCCUAACCUAAAACAAUUUGAAUACAAUCGAACUUUAAGCAACAAAGAUCUCCUUAAUAUAACAACCGAAUCUUAURAUAUUUUGGAUCUUAUAAAUGCUAGUAUGCCCAUUAAAAAUGAAAAUCAAACAAAAGUUUUAAAAGUUCACGAGAAAUCAGAUUUAAGCAAGUUAUUUCAUAACCGUUCAUCGAAAAACAUUGACAAUCGGUUGGCAGAGCACGUGAAACAAAAUGCAAAUGCGAAAUCUUCUUACACAAUAUUUAAUACCAUUACCAUUAUUAAAUACAUCGUUGCACUCGGUGUCGUACUUCUYACAUUCAAGUUCACUUUGUCUUUUAUAUUGUUGCGUUUCAAUAAAACUUCCAGUGAUGAAAUGGACGAACGCUUUAUUGGAACAGAUAAUGAAAGUUCUUGUAACAUGGAACUGACUAGUAAUCACAAGGAAUGAAUCACUUAUGUUUUUAAGUUUAUUGAUCGAUUAUUUUAAUACAUAAUGAUGUAAAGUUUAUCUCAA